AUGAAAACGGAGGAGGAGGAGGGUGUGGGAGCUACACAGAUGGAAGUCUCAGAAAGAUCUGGAAAAAACCUUCCAGUGGGCACCGUUGCUUGCAGAUCCAUGGGGACCUUGGAGGAAAAAGGGAAAUCCACCAAGACGAAGCGUCCUGGGGAUACUGAUGGUCCCCUGCAGAGAGCAGUGCUAUGUGAGGUGAAGGAGGAACCAGAAGAUGACUCGGCUCAGCUCUGGGAAGCACAACGGCAUCUGUUGCUAAGGAUGAUGGCGUCCCCCACCACAGAAUGGAGGGUCCCAGAGUUGCUGGAGGAGGCCUCGCCAUGGAACGACGCCAAGGCCUUCCUGGCCUCCUUCGAGCAAGUGGCUGAGGCCUGCCGGUGGCCCAAGGAGGAGUGGGCAGCCCAGCUCCUGCCAGCCCUCCAUGGUGAAGCCGAGCAGGCCUUUAGCAGCCUGGAUGCCCGAGACAGAGAGGAUUAUGGGAAAGUGAAGGCAGCCAUCUUGCAAGGGGCUGCCUUGAGCAGGGAGACGAUUCGCCAGCGCUUCCGGCAUUUCUGCUACCAGGAAGCCGAAGGACCGAGAGCUGUUUACAGCCGGCUUCAGGGACUUUGCCAUCGCUGGCUAAAAGUCGAGAAACACACCAAAGAGCAGAUCCUGGAGUUACUGGUCUUGGAGCAGUUCCUGACUGUCCUUCCGUCAGAGGUCCAGGGAUGGGUCAGGGCGUGUGGUCCGGAGACCUGUUCCAUGGCAGUGGCCCUGGCUGAGGAUUUCCUGUGGAGGCAGCAAGAGGCCAAGGGGAAGGAAAGCCAGGUGGCGUCAGAAAAAACAGCUACGGGUUUCUCCGAUGCAAGUCAGGCAUCUCAUGACUCCGAGCAGGGACAAAUGUGCAUAGAAACCAAAGAGGAAGAUGACGAUGGAGAAACCGGCCAGUUGGUAGACGAGGCAUGGAUGGCCACCGACGAAGAGAAGUAUGUGCCGGAUGGUUCGGAACUGCGGGAACCGCACAGAAUGCUAGCAUGGAAAGCAGAGGUGAACCUUCCCCCGUGCUGUGAGAAGGAAAAUGCCUUGGCAGAUCAGGAGAGAACAGGCUGUCUGCAAGAGAACCACCCGGGGGAGAAACAGGACGAGCCCGUUCCUUGUGGGGAAGGUCAGAAGACCCCCCGUGAGCUGGACCUCCCUGCAGUCUGGGCUGGAACUGAUGCUGGAGGCUCCCGGAUUCCCAACCCCAAUCUCCUCUCUUGGCUGGAAGAGAAGGAGGAAAGUCUUGCUCGGAUUUCAGAGGAAGGAGAAAGAUUUUCAGAAGGUGCUUGGGAGUACAUGAACGCAGGUGAAAUGCAAGAGGUAUCUUUAGAAAGAACUAGCUCUGAGUGCUUGAAGGUAAACUUGCAGGGUCAAAAUUAUUUAGAGUUGCAGGAGAGAAGUCCAGCUGAGAACAAGGCUAAAUCUGCUAUCCCUCUGGAUGUGGAAUGGACUGAAAUAGCAAUGGAACAGAAAAGUCAAUUUGAUGAGAGCAGGAAUCCGUGUCUUGGUUUUCCCCCAAAGGAAGAUUCCAGUAAAAGCUUGACUGUUGCAAAGAGCUUCACUCAUCAUCAAAGACUCCAACAGGGUGAACCACCACACAAAUGUCUGGACUGUGGAAAGAGUUUCAAUCACAAAGCAAACCUUACUUCUCAUCAGAGGAUUCACAGGCGAGAGAAGCUUUAUAACUGUUCAAAUUGUGGGAAGAGUUUCCUUCGUAAAUCAAUUCUUAAUAUGCACUUGAGAAUGCAUACAGGGCAGAAACCGUUCAGUUGCUCAGAUUGUGGCAUGAACUUGAGUGCUCAGUCUAGCCUCAUUAGACAUCAGAGAAUCCACACAAGAGAGAAGCCAUAUAAAUGCUCAGACUGUGAAAAGAGCUUUAGUCAGAACUCGGACCUCAUUCGGCACCAGAGACUUCACACAGGGGAUAAACCAUAUCAGUGCUUUGAAUGUGGGAAGAGCUUCAGUCGGGGGGACUGCCUUACCUCUCAUCAAAAAAUCCACACAGGGAAAGAUCAGACCAGUGUUCAGGCUGUAGCAACAACAGCUUUUGUGAUAAAUCAGGUCUUAUUCAGCACAUGAGAAUUUAUACAGGUGACAAACUCUAUUUGUCUGCCUUCCCCAACCUGGUGCCCUGCAGGACUGGGUGGGGGAUGUUGAAAGUUGUAGUUCAAUAAGUCUGGAGAGAAGCAGGCCAGAGAAGGCUGGUAUUCAUGUUUCAGAAAGAAUGCUCAGAAAGAAUGCAAUCCCUGUUUCACAGCAAAGAAUCCCCCAAGGGGCCAUCCAUGCAAACGAAGCUUUUCACAGACAGAUCAAUCUGCAACCUGCUAAUUACAUGUUCUCUUACAGAAGAGAAGUGAUACAAAUGCUCAGCUUUUAGGAUCAAGCAAAUAGACCUGACUGGAACAUUCAUGAAACCAUUUAGUUAUGCAGGGGACAAAUUGAAAUUCAUACUGAACAACUGGGAAUGGGUGAGAAAAAAUCUAAAUCUUCCGUUUCUUCUCCAUUAGUCUCGUCAAAGCUAAAUCAGCUUUUUGUUGCUGGUUUUCAUAGAAACUUUGCUAGCUUGCUACAUACAUAAUAGUCCAUUUGCUUUUCUCAUAUGUUUUCAUGUAGCAUUAUAUGUUAUCUUUGCUACACCUAAUUGUUUAAAUAAAUAAAUUUUUGUUAACAGGGAAACUGCACCAUGAAAAUCUACCUACUCAAAGGUAUGAACAAAGUAUAUUUUUUAAAAAAUGAUGACCAAGUU